ACAGAGAGCGAGAGAGACGCCGCAGACAGAGCGACAGGUCCAGGGUUCGAUCCUGAAUGCGAACCCGCUGAAAAUCCGUCUUCAUCCUCGGAGAAGUAAAACGUAGCGUCAUCAACGACAGCGGGAGCAGAAAGUACACACUCUAACCUUUCUAACGAACCCCGUAUUGUCACAAUAUGCGGUUAGGGCAUUUUUAAAACAAGAGGCGAAAGAUUGUGAGAGGCGACUCCAUCCAGAGGACCCGGUUCUUCGCUUGAGCAGAUCUCCGCUGUCGGAUUUUUUUUUUUUUUUUUUUUUUUUUUUUUUGCCCGUUUGCUUUUAAACGAGUUCGUAUCCUGAACAUUAUUGUAUUUUUUUCGGAUUUUUUGGAGCUAGCGAGACAUUUUGCUAGCAGAUUUGUUCACUAUGGAGUUGAGAGUGGGAAACCGAUACAGACUGGGCAGGAAGAUUGGAAGUGGCUCAUUUGGAGACAUCUAUCUGGGUACCGAUAUCUCAGUCGGAGAGGAGGUCGCCAUCAAGUUAGAAUGUGUGAAGACCAAACACCCUCAGCUCCACAUAGAGAGCAAAAUCUACAAGAUGAUGCAGGGUGGAGUGGGCAUCCCGACGAUAAAGUGGUGCGGGGCCGAGGGUGACUACAACGUGAUGGUGAUGGAGCUGCUGGGGCCCAGUCUGGAGGAUCUCUUCAACUUCUGCUCUCGGAAGUUCAGCCUCAAGACGGUCCUGCUGCUGGCCGACCAGAUGAUCAGCCGCAUUGAGUACAUCCACUCCAAGAACUUCAUCCACAGAGACGUGAAACCGGACAACUUCCUGAUGGGGCUGGGCAAGAAAGGCAACCUGGUCUACAUCAUCGACUUUGGCCUGGCCAAGAAAUACCGCGACGCUCGCACACACCAGCACAUCCCCUACCGCGAGAACAAGAACCUGACCGGCACCGCCCGCUACGCCUCCAUAAACACACAUCUGGGCAUCGAACAGUCCAGAAGGGACGACUUGGAGUCCCUGGGAUACGUCCUCAUGUACUUCAACCUGGGUUCUCUGCCCUGGCAGGGUCUCAAAGCUGCCACCAAGAGGCAGAAAUAUGAACGCAUCAGUGAAAAGAAGAUGUCCACGCCCAUUGAGGUUCUCUGCAAAGGCUACCCAUCGGAGUUUGCCACCUACCUGAACUUCUGCCGCUCUCUGCGGUUCGACGAUAAGCCUGACUACUCGUAUCUCCGCCAGCUCUUCAGGAACCUCUUUCACAGACAAGGCUUCUCCUACGACUAUGUCUUCGACUGGAACAUGCUGAAAUUUGGUGCCAACAGAGCCGUGGAAGAUGCAGAGCGGGAACGCCGGGAACGUGAGGAGAGGCUGAGGCACGGCAGGAACCCCGGGGCCAGGGGCAUGGCCUCGGCCUCAGGAAGAGCCAGGGGACCUCAGGAUGUCGCAGCUCCAUCCCCACUCAACCCCGCCUCACACACAGGUAUGGAGAAGGAGAGGAAGGUGAGCAUGCGUCUUCAUCGUGGAGCACCUGUCAACAUCUCCUCCUCAGACCUGACGGGACGCCAGGACACAUCCCGCAUGUCCACCUCACAGGCUCUCUCCCGGGUCACGCCGAGCGGCCUCCAGUCUGCAGCUCCUCGGUGAAACCUUCCCGUCCAGCCGAGCACCGUGGAGGCCUCAACACGCACCACCCGCUGCAUACACACUCUCUUCCUCACAUGACAGAUCGUCGCCCAGACUCUGGGACGACUCGGACUACUACUACCAACCCAUGACCAGGAGUGUGUCUGAGCCGCUGUUCAACUUCUGCAGAGGAGAAGCGUGUGUGUGUGUUUGUGAGUGUGUGUAAGAGACAGUUUGGUUGCCUUAACGACCACCUUGGCAAAGUAGCAGCCACAGCAUCCCUUCUUCUUCUCCUCCUCCUCCUCCUCCUCUUCAUCCUUACUGUUGAUGAAGCCAUGGAUUCACUUUUUUUUUGAUUAUGAUUUUACUUAAAUUUAUUCUUUAGCAUUAUAACUUCUCCUACACCAGCUGGUCACAGGAGUGUGAAGACGGAGAAGUCUGUUAGAUGUUGAGAAUAGUCUGUGGGACUUAUUUUAAAAACAAAAAGCAAGAAGACACCACCGUGACAAUGUUGGACGGUGCCUUUUGUGUCCUGAAAGACUCUUAAAGUCCCAUAUUUUGUCUUUAUUUUAUAGAUGUAUGAGGUUUAGAUUCACAGCUAGUGGGACUAAAGGCCUUUUUGAUCUCAUCGUGCAACGUUUUUUUUUCUCCAUUUUUGUCCUCCUCAGGUGCGUUGGAACCAGGACGUCGUAGUAAAAUCCAAAAACAUGCAGCACAUUUUUUUUCUGUCUUCAGGUUGUGACUGCAGUGGGAAAAGCUGUGAAAGGAUCAGUUAGAUAGUCGGGAUGAUGUCCACACUGAACGCUUUUAAAGCCAGUGCAUAGUGACGUGGUUUUCGUGUGUGUGUUUGUGUGGUUCUGUCUUAGGGUUGUACAAGAAGCUCAAACGGGUGGGGGUGAAAACGUCGGGUUGUUUUUUUUAUUAUUAUUAUUAUAUUAUUAUUAUUUUUAACUCCUUUGCCUCCUCAACCUCGCUGUCGACCGUCUGUCCUUCUGCUUCCAUUCUGAGUCAGUUCUACCUUGACCUCAUUAAAAACUCGCCAUCAGUUUUGGGAUGUUGUGGGGUUUUUUUUAUAAGGUUUUUUCUGUAAAUGUGACUCUAGACGCCACAAAAAUCAGCCUCCCAAGAGCUUGAAUAAUGUGUUAGGGCAUCAAAACUGCAGGACAGAUGCUUACCUAUGGCUAAUACUUGUCAGUUUCAGGAUUAAAAAAAUAGGAAUUUCUCCUACUUUUUAUUUCAUACUCCGUUUGUUAUUGGGUUUGUGUCAUUACACAGUACCUGCAGUUCAGAGUACUCACUAAAGAUGUCCUCUACAGCUACUACUACGACUACUCCUGCAUUAAAGGGGCAUUUUACCAUUUGUACAGAUGUAGAUCUUCGUCCUAUCCAGUUGCAAAAACAAGCUCUGAAAAGGCUUUAAGAAAACAUGUGGUUGAGUUGCAUUGUGGGAAAUGUAGGAAGCGGCGUUUGGGUGCCUGACCCACACUAGUGGAACUUCAGCCUUAGUUGCCUCAAUUCAUUUCAGCUCUGUCUGCAAUUGCCGCUACUUGACAGGAGACUAAAGUCCUCUAGAGAUAGAUUGUGGUUUUUGACGCUUUGUGAGCUGAGCUGAGAGUUCAGGUAAAAAAUGGACAGUUUAACACCUGGCCAGACAGAAGCAAAAAGAGGUUUUGGACAUCAAUGGACCGAGUUGUCGUCUGGAGCGGUACCGGAGCCUCCCGCGGCUCUUCUUCGUGACUCGAUCUGAACCCUGCAGAUUUUAAAAGUAGAAAACUUGUCGAUGUGAUAGACUGAUUGCAGAGUAUUGUAGGCCGUUUUCUGUAGUUGGAGGAGGAAGGGCUCGUAGUGGUGAUUCGUACAUGUUCGUUCUGUUGUUGUGUAUAGGAUGCUCCGUCUCGUACGGACGGACCGGGAAUGACUCACUCCAUUAGACUUCCUGCUACGGCAGUUUUCUUUUCUAAAUAUUACUUCACCUGUGGGCUUGAAAAACAAACAAAAAAAAGUGAUGGAUUAACUUGUUUGUCUCACUAAUGAUGGCUAUGAUAAAUGCAAGUACACUUUACAUGGGAUCCGUUCUUCAGUUGGUCAUGUCUGCCUCACUUGAUUAUUUUUUGACACUUCCUGUCAGAUUAUGCUUUUAACUGUGCAGUGGAGAUGGUUGCUCAUGUCCCACAAUGCAUCUCUUACUAUGGAUUCAUGGGGAAUGUCUUUCCACUCCCACCUUAAGACUUUUGCUCCUCAUUUGUAAUGCCACUGUAUUGUGUAUUUUAAAAUUGUGUAAAUAAAUUAAUAAGUACUUGUA